AUGGCCCAACCACGCUCUUCCGUCCACAUCCCUCAACCCCCUCCAGUCCUAGACAACGUCCAACUCCGCGACAUCCAACUUCCCCUCCCCGCAGCCCCAGAAGCCUGGCACCGCCCCGACAAACCCCAGCCCUGCACCGCAACUCUCAAACUCUCCUACUCCUCCGCAAUCGCCUCCGCAGCAACAGACGAUGUCUCCCUCUCAAUCGACUACGGCAAGCUCUUCCGCCGCCUAGAAACCGACAUCAAGGAGAUGGCCCACAAGCCCUCCUCCCCAGAUCACCCCCACCACAACAUGAUAAGCGUCGAGGGCACCCGGCGCGAGGAAAUGAAAAUCAGCGCCGCAGGCCAAGACCCUCGCGUGACAGCUGGCAUUGUCGCAAAUGCCGGCCUGGGACUCCUCGACGAGACUGCCGCUGGCGUGCGCCGAAUGUCGCAUGUGCACCAGAGUCCACGGAAUAGCUUUUUCGGUGUUGGCGUCGAUGCACCAUCUACUUAUCCCAUUGAAGCAGAGUAUGGGCGUUGCGAGGUUUGGUUGCAUUUGCCUAAGGCGCUGUUAAGAGCUGAGGAGGGGUUGAAGUAUCGUAGUGUUACUGUUUGGGGAUAUAAGGCCGAGGGCGAGGGAAGGUGUUCUAUUGUGUUGGAAGAAGAGUUCCGAAUUGAUGGGAUUCGAUGCUAUGCUGUUUUGGGUGUGAAUUCGCAUGAGCGCGUCGAGAAGCAGGCUGUUAUUGUUUCGCUUGUUUUCUCUGGUCCUGGGCAGUUGGCUUGGGGAUCUACUGUUGUUGAUACUUACCAAGCUAUGACGAGGGCUGUUGCUGAGAAGGUGGAUGAGACUACUUUCCAGACUGUGGAGGCAUUGGCUACUUUUAUUGCCCGUAUUGUCACUGUGGACUUUGGAAAUGAGCGGGUUACUGUUCUGGUUGAGAAGCCGAGUGCUAUUGCAUUUGUGCAGAGAUCAGGGGUUGAGAUCACACGAUCCCAGGCAUUCUUUGAGAGCCACGAGGUGGCUCAGCGGUAG